AUGUUUGCCGAUGAAAAGGUCCCAUGUAAUCUAUUCUUCGUUGGUGGUAUGAAGAUUGUAUUAAAAUUCUCUCAUCAUGUGGCGGCUGAAAAUUUCCUUAAAGCAUACUAUAACUGGAAUAAAUGGUUCAAAUGGCUUGAUUAUGGCAUCACUGAAGAUCACGGAUUCAAUAGGCUGGUUUGGAUCAAGAUUCAUGGUCUCCCAAUCCAUCUACGCUUAAAUGAAAAUGUGGCUGCCAUUGCAAGUAACUUCAGUGAGGUUCUUGAAGUUGAUGGUCACAACUGGCAUACUCCAGAUCUCAGCAACGCUAAUGCUCGUAUACUGUCCACAAAUCAGAGGUUUAUUAACUCAGAAAUCAAUUGCUCUUACUAUGGAAAAACUUUCAAGGUAGGGUUAGUUGAAUGUGGAGAUGCUUGGGAUCCGAUUUCCAGCUAUUAUGAACGUGAAACUCAGAAACAGGAGGAGGAAAAUAAUGAGUUAAAAUAUGAUGAAGAAAUUAAAGAUCAAUUUUCAUCUGAUUAUGACAAUCAUGGUAUAGCCGACACCUAUAUCAAUGAUCUGGAAGAGGGCGAGAUAGUUGCAGAUUCCGGUGUAUCUCCAGCUUCGAUGAACACGGCGUACAUUAGAAGUGGUGAUAAUACAAUUAACAAUGAAGAUGAUCGGUCGCGUAGGAAGUUGGAGCCAAAAUAA